AAGAUUGUGAAUAUUCGUCCGCUAGAGAACGUGUCCCCCUCCUUUCUUAAGAAAGGGGCUUAUAUACAAGCUACAAAUGAGGUUCCCGACCGUUGGUCCAGAGUCCAACGGAUCAGGCCCACUAAAAUUUGGUUGUUUAACCGACGGCGCCAACCACAUCAUUAUCUCUAAGGCGGCUAUACAAGAUAGAUUACAAGUAGGGUGACUACAACUAAUAUGACGGAGGCGUGGCAUACGUCCCAUCGUGGGUCCCCUGACUUGACUAGUCACGUAGCCUCCAUGCCCUGCGGCCUUGGUCCGGAUCCUAGGUGGAGGUCGAGUACACGUGAUCUGCUUCCUGAAGUCCUCCGACGAGGGGCCGACCGAGGGUGGUCCAAGGCCGAGCGUGUCAAUUGGGGCCGAGUGCACGCAAGUCUUCAUGCGGCAGCGGCCCUCUUGAGACUUCAGUUUCUUUUUAGUUCCGCCCAACUGAGUGGGCCUGAACCUCACUGGGUUCGGCCGCUAUUUCUGUUGGGCCAGAUACCCCCAAUAGCUUAGAGAUUUUUUCUGACUUUGUGUCUCUUCCUUUCUGCCGAUGCCUUUCUUAUAUCCGCUUCUCCUCUGUUCUUCAUAUUCCUUUCUCCUUUUCUACCGCUGCGUUUGUUCUUCAUCUUUUACUCCGCUGGCUCAUUAGAUCCAAAUUAGAUUCUUUUAUGGGAUCCAAUGCUCUCUUCCGUAUAAGGUAGAUGCUAACAAAGGCGAAAGAGGUUUAACUGAGAGCAUCAGACGAAAACCCAUCGGCGACUAACCGACCACGAAUUAAAUUACUCAACGGAGGAAAGAAGAAGAAGAAGAGAGGUAGUGGCGGUGAAUCUGGGUGUCGACGAUGAUAGCGGCGGCAGUGUGGAGCUGAGCCUGCAAACGAAAGAAAGAUGAAGAAUAAAAAAAGAAUAAAGGUAGCGGUGGCUA